AUGUCAAGGGAACUGUCCAGCCUUCCAGGUGGCUCAGCAAGAAGAAACAUCACCUCUCUCUCCACUGAAGGCCCAAGUUCGGACCCAGGCUCUGAAGGAACUGGUUACACCUCUGCUGUUAAGGAACAAGUUUUACUGACGGAAUGGACUCAGCACUGGUGGUGGGACUCACCUGCCGUGUGGGCUGCAGUACCAGGGCUGACCAGCGGGUGCUCUCAGCAGCCAGAAGCUCACUCCUGCAGUCAGCCAACACCUGGGGCUGAUUGCAGGAGGUGUAUUUAAGGAAUGACCAGGCCUGU